CGCCACACAGCACGGUCGAUGUCCUGAGCGGUUUGCGUCGAUUUUCUAACCUCAGAGUUAAGCAGCCAUGAGGUGAACGCUCAGUGGACACUCGGCGGAGGUUCAUAACAGCGGAAAAGCUGUCGGUGAUGUCCAGAUCUUAGACACACACUGAAACUUCUCCCAUCAUGGACUCUAAGAAGCCAGGCGUGCUGCAGCAUCUCCGCCAGAAGAUGCUGCCACACCUCCGGCGAGGCAAGAUGAGCCCAAGCAAGAAGCCCGUGCUGCCGGAACACAGCAUGGACCAUCGGAUGAGCUCCUCCGUUCCAGACAUGCGGGACAUGAGGCAAGAGUACGCUCAAACAACCUACCGCACACACUUCCAGCAGUACGACUCUACCUACUACAGCAACCCCUCCACACCACUUGUCAAGCCUGUUCGGGGCCUGGGAGGAGGCAGGAGUGGCCUAACGAUGGGUGAAGUGGGUGGAGGAGCUGGGAGGAGUGUACCUGCAGACUACACAGACUGGGCUUCCUCCCAGGACUCAUUCAACAGUAUCUGUGAGGAGGAGAAGAGCCCUACGGAGACAAACUACAGACCUGCCAGGGGCAUGGAGCCUGAGGAGCUGGCCCUGCCGGAGAUGAUGACCGUGUACAGCCCAGACCCUCCCUCUGUGGAGGCGUCCCAGGACAGCUCACAGUAUGACAUCAACAAUCAAAGGCUACAAGACGGGGACAACCAAAAUAGUGAAAUGGGCAACGACACCCCAAGUGUGUCUGAAGGCAUCAGGGAUCUUCCCAGGUCCUUCCUGCUCACCAUCAACCUGAAGGAAGGACGCAACCUGGUCAUCAGGGACCGCUGUGGUACCAGCGACCCUUAUGUGAAAUUCAAGUUGGAGGGGAAAACAUUCUACAAAAGCAAAGUGGUUUAUAAAGACCUCAACCCCAAAUGGAAUGAGACCUUCUCCCUACCCGUGAAGGAUCUGAACCAGAAACUGUACAUUAAGGUAUACGACCGUGAUCUGACAACUGAUGACUUCAUGGGCUCCACUGGUGUCUUCCUGAGUGACCUAGAGAUGGACAAGGUAAACGAGAUGUCUUUGCCAUUGAAUGACCCAAACAGCCUGGAGGACGACAUGGGGGUCGUGCUGGUGGAUCUGAGUCUCUCACACAGAGAUGGAGACAGCAAAAGGGGCAAUCGGUGGCCCCAAAAAAGAAAACGAAGUAUUAGGUCGGGAAGUUCUUCUUACAGUUUUCGUCUGUCAGACACGAUGAGGAAGAGUCAGCUGUGGACUUCUGUUGUGUCUGUGACUCUGAUCGAGGGUCGGGAGAUGCCGCUGGACUCUCAGGGAGGUCAGCUCUUUGUUCGCUUCAGACUUGGAGAGCAGAUAUACAAAAGCAAGAAUCACUGCAAAGUGCCCAAGCCUCAGUGGAGAGAGAGAUUCACUUUAAACCACUUCAUAGACAGGCCAGACAUCCUGGAGGUGGAGCUCUGGUCCAAGGGAGGACGAAGGACUGAGGAGUGUUUGGGAAUGUGUGAAGUUGACUUGUCCAGGAUACCUUUCAAUGAGAGACAGCUGUUCACACACACCCUGGACAAAGGGAGGGGACUGUUGGUGUUCCUGCUCACACUGAGCACAUGCAGCGGCGUCUCCAUCUCUGACCUCUGUGCGGCACCACUCGAUGAACCUCGUGAACAACAGAACCAGCUGGACAACUAUAGCUUAAAGAGAUCCCUGAAUAACCUCCGUGACGUUGGUUUCCUUCAAAUUAAAGUUCUCAAGGCAGCAGAUCUGCUGGCUGCUGAUUUAAAUGGCAAGAGUGAUCCCUUCUGUGUGUUGGAAGUGGGGAACGACAGACUGCAGACACACACUGUCUACAAGAGCCUCCACCCAGAGUGGAAUAAAGUCUUCACACUCCCUGUCAAAGACAUUCAUGAUGUUCUGGUGGUGACUAUCUUUGAUGAGGAUGGAGACAAGGCGCCAGACUUCCUGGGAAAAGUUGCCAUUCCGCUGCUCUCGAUCCGCAGGGGACAGCAGAUCACCUACCCGCUGAAGAAAGAGGACUUAGGUGGGCUGACGAAGGGGAGCAUCACUCUGGAGCUGGAGGUUAUUUUUAACCCUGUCAGAGCGAGUAUCAGAACCUUCCAACCAAGAGAGAGAAAAUUCAUGGAGGAUAAUCCCAAAUUUUCCAAAAAGGUUCUGGCCAGGAACGUGAUGCGUGUACAGACACUGUACAGGGCUAUCGUGUCGACUCUGCAGUACAUCAAAAGCUGCUUCCAGUGGGAGAGCGUUCAGAGGAGCCUGCUAGCCUUCCUGGUGUUUAUGGUGACAGUUUGGUAUUGGGAGUUUUACAUGCUGCCCUUCUCCCUGGUCCUGCUCAUCUCCUGGAACUACCUCCAGAUCCGGUCCGGGCGAGUCAGUCAUGACUUGGACAAUAUGGAUUUGGCGGAUGAGGAGGAGGAUGAUGAGAAGGAGUCAGAAAAAAAAGGGCUGAUGGAGAAAAUCCACAUGGUCCAAGACAUCAUCAUCACCCUUCAGAACCUGCUUGAGGAGAUCGCCAGUUUUGGGGAGAGGAUAAAAAACACUUUCAACUGGUCGGUGCCAUUCCUGUCCGGCCUGGCUUUCCUGGUCUUUGUCAUUGCAACACUUCUUACAUACUACAUCCCCGUACGCUACGUGGUUUUAUUAUGGGGUAUCAAUAAAUUCACCAAGAAAUUACGGAACCCGUACAGCAUUGACAACAAUGAAGUGCUUGAUUUCCUGUCGAGGGUGCCUUCAGAUGUGCAGAAGGUUCAGUACAGUGAACUGAGAGGCAACAAGAAGAAGAAACUCCUGUAGGUUUCCUUCCUAAAAAAAACAUUUCCAGAGGAAAUGCUUGUCUCGGAGUGCGUGGUAGGUUUAAAUCCUAAUUCACUGUGGUGAUGCACAAAACCGCACGGCUCACAUUAACCAGCACCUUUUAACCAAAGACGUCCACACUGAGGACCCUGCACGGGAGAAAUUUGUAAUAUUAAUUCCAAAGAUUGUGGGUGUUUUCUUGUCUGUACACUUUAUUCUGUACGACAAUCGAUCAGAAGCUGCUUUUUCUUACGUUACCUGCCGGCUGGUUAUGUCCUCCAGAAACCAACUGGGAUAUCAGUCUGUAUUAUUCUGAAUGUAUAUGCUUGAUUUGUAAUAUUUGUGUGUAUAUUUUUACAUAAUUAACUGAUAUUGAUCGAUGUGCAGACUUUUAUUGCAGAAGGGAUUAUUCACCUUUUGAAAAACAAAAACAAAAUUGUUGCUGGGAUGAAAGUAAAUUUCAUUAUGGGUCAUUUGAAAAGUUAUAAGAUGUUUCUUAGAAAAUGUUAUAAUUUUAAGUACAACACCUUUGUUUUUAAAAAUUCUGUCUUUCUCAAAACAAAUUCAGAUUGAGUUUUUUCAUAUGUCCGUAUACAGAAACAUAAGUAAGUAGCAAAUAUUCUGCAUUAUAUUUCUUUGUUUCUUACAUUUACCUUUGAAAAGCGAUGUGCACAUGAUGACUGAUUUUACUUCAAUGUGACAUUUUUGACUUAUUUUUAAAAGCAAAUAUGCGUGCCUACAUUUAGAUUUUUAUUCAUCCUACAUGGUGUAUUUUACUUUUUGCUUGUGAGUGGGAUGGGGCCAGAUCUGUACACAUUUUAUUUAUUAACGACAAUCACAAAUGAAGACUUUGUGUCUCAUCUCUAUCAGCAAUAAAUGCAGACAAUCACA